UAUAAUUGUAUUAUAUUAUUUUGAUGGUGUUGCUUCGGUUUUAUAAAAAGGGUUUCAAGUGUGAAAAGUUGGGUUUCUUGAAGAACUGAAUAGAGAUUGAGAUUUGGAAGAGGGUUUGAUGUGAACAUGUGGUUUUUGGCUUCAUUUUGGCAUUAAAGCAUGUUGUGAGAGGCAGUCGUAGUUUGGUAAGUGUGCUUGGCGAAUUGCCUUUUACAAUAUAUUUGGGACAUCUCACCAUUUUUAUGAAAUCUUGUAGUAUGAGUUCUCCAUCAACUCAGCUUGCCACCUUGAGAAGGAUGAGCAUUUAUGAACCAUUCCACCAAAUUAACACAUGGGGAAACACCUUCCAAGGUGAUGCCAGCCCAAAUACUGGUUCAUCGACAGUUGUAGAGGUGGAUGCAAAGCUAGACAACAAGUCUGAAUAUGUUUCUCAUGACUCAAUUGAACCUUCCAGAAGUGAUCAAGAAGCAAAUAAACCUUCUGUAAAGGUACAGAGACGAUUGGCACAAAAUCGUGAAGCAGCUCGGAAAAGUCGUUUGCGGAAAAAGGCCUAUGUACAACAGCUAGAAUCAAGUCGAUUGAAAUUGGCACAGUUUGAGCAGGAACUUGAGAGAACUAGACAGCAGGGUUUGUACAUAGGUGCUGCAUCAGAUGGCAGUCAUUUAGGAUUGUCUCGAAAUGUAAAUCCAGGGAUUGCUGCAUUUGAGAUGGAGUAUGGACACUGGGUUGAAGAACAAAAUAGACAAAUUUGUGAACUUAGAAACGCAAUGCAAGCUCAUGUAACUGACAUUGAGCUCCGAAUACUUGUAGAAAGUGGCUUGAACCAUUAUUAUAAUCUUUUCCGCAUGAAAACUGAUGCCGCCAAAGCUGAUGUCUUCUAUUUGAUUUCUGGUAUGUGGAGAACAUCAGCAGAACGCUUUUUCCAAUGGAUCGGAGGAUUCCGCCCAUCAGAGCUUCUAAAUAUUCUCCAGCCACAACUUGAGCCCUUGACUGAUCAGCAGCUUCAAUGUAUGAGUAACCUUCAGCAAUCUUCUCAGCAAGCUGAAGAUGCUCUUUCGCAGGGGAUAGAUAAACUCCAGCAAACUCUGAUCCAGAGCAUAGUAGCUGAUCAAAUGGGUUCAGGGAGCUACCAGUCUCAGAUGGCUGAUGCAGUGGAAAAGUUGGAAACGCUGGAGAGCUUUGUGAACCAGGCAGAUCAUCUUCGACAACAGACUAUGCAGCAAAUGUCCCGGAUCCUAACAACCCGUCAAGCAGCUCGAGCUUUACUUGCCUUAGGAGAAUAUUUUCACCGUCUUCGUGCUCUGAGUUCACUCUGGGCUGCUCGUCCUCGUGAACCUGCCUAGUUUACAACAGUAUGACCUGGAAAAGGAUCGUAUCUUUAUCAGAAGUUUCAGUGUCAGCUGAAAAGGAAGUGGAUGCUUCUAACUAUCUGUCAGUAUUUUUCUUUCUUUGAACAGCUAUCUGAAAUAUGACCAGGUGUAAAUAUAUAUGAAUUUUAUUGCUGCCCUCAUCAAGAAGAGAAUUAGGUGUUAAGUUGAUGGUGCAUGUGUAUAGUAUAUCAUCAGAAAGUUUGAUUUGAAUUGGAGAUUUGCAAUGUUUAUGAGAUUGGUGCUAUUGUGAAAAUUGUCUGGUUAAUAUGAUUCCAAGCAUUUCUGGAGUUCAUUAAAUUGAAUAAAUAAAAUUAUUGUUGUUUGGA